CUAGUAAAAUUUCAUUCAUAUUGAUGACAAGGGCCAAUUAGGAUACCUUCUUUGCUUGCCAAGUCUUGCUAGAGACAUAAUUUGUGGUUAUUAAUUCUGUUCUUAACAUUGUAUUUGAUUUACAUGUACAACAUCCAUUUACCUCAAUGUUAAGCACGUUAUAACGGAAAUGGUUAAAGAGAUAUUUUUUGUUGCUUUAUUCGUAUGCACGUUGCAGUCAAAAACCAUGGCGCAAAGUUUUGAAAUCGGACAGAAACUACCAGCAACUCCUUUCAUGGUUUUUAAUAGCUUCGGAGUGCAGAUGUGUUUAUCGGAAUGUGAAAAAUAUGUUAUGUGUUCAUCUUUAAACUACAAUUUGAAGCAUUUUGUUUGUGAGUUGAACAGUGGGUGGAAAACCGAAUCUCUUUCUUGGAUCAACGACGAUGAAUACGUCUACCAUGAAAUACCUCGUCCUAUUAAUAAAGUCUGUGGAGCUGAAACCUGCAAUGCUGACUCUCGGUGUGUUCGAACAGCGUUCGACACCUUUGUUUGCGUUCCUGUUGUUUGCACAGAUUCUGAACCAGUGAUAACAAAUGGGAUAGUCCUGUACAGAACUUACAUGCCAUCAUCAAUAACAUACGGUUGUAGUCCUGGAUUUGUGGGUGAAGGGAUUAAAAACGUUAUUCACUGUUUUCCAGAUAACAAAUGGGAAACUCCAGUUUACAGUUGUCAUUUAGAUUGUCCCGGCACCUGGGAAAGUUAUGCUGGACAAAGCUACUGUUUUGUAACUAAUCAAGUACUCUCUUGGAGUAAUGCUAAGAACAUUUGCUCCGACAUGAAAGCUUAUCUUAUGGAGAUAGGAAGUCAGGAGGAGCAAACCUGGAUCAGGUCAAAAGCGACUCAAAAGCUAUGGUUGGGAGCGACGGACGAGGGUUCAGAAGGCGCUUGGUAUUGGGACAACUCGCGUAAUGCGCCCACAUUCACUGCCUGGCAACCGGGGGAGCCAGGAGGCGGAGGAAGUGAAAACUGUGCAGUCCUAGACGAAUCCAGCGGCUGGCAUGAUUAUUCUUGCACAUCUACAUUUCAGUUUGUUUGUGAAAAGUAAAGGACUUGCGAUAAAGAAAGCAUUUUAUUGAAAAAGUGUGUAACUUAAGAAAAUCUGUCAAUAAAUUUUAAAAUU